CCAGGGAGCCCGGUCCGAGAGCAGCGGCGGCGGCGGCGGCCGGAGGGACGAUGAGCGGUGCGGCGCGGGCGGGCCCGGCCCGGCUCGCCGCGCUCGCGCUGCUGACCUGCAGCCUGUGGUCGGCGCGGGCAGACAACGCGAGCCAGGAGUACUACACGGCGCUCAUCAACGUGACGGUGCAGGAGCCCGGCCGCGGCGCCCCGCUCACAUUCCGCAUCGACCGCGGGCGCUACGGGCUCGACUCGCCCAAGGCCGAGGUCCGCGGUCAGGUGCUGGCGCCGCUGCCCAUCCACGGAGUUGCUGAUCAUCUGGGCUGUGAUCCUCAAACACGGUUCUUUGUCCCUCCUAACAUCAAACAGUGGAUUGCCUUGCUGCAGAGGGGAAAUUGCACCUUUAAAGAGAAAAUAUCACGGGCUGCUUUCCACAAUGCAGUUGCUGUAGUCAUAUACAAUAAUAAAUCCAAAGAGGAGCCAGUCACCAUGACUCAUCCAGGCACUGGAGAUAUUAUUGCUGUCAUGAUUACAGAAUUGAGGGGUAAAGAUAUUUUGAGUUACCUGGAGAAAAACAUCUCUGUACAAAUGACAAUAGCGGUUGGAACUCGAAUGCCGCCAAAGAACUUCAGCCGUGGCUCUCUAGUCUUCGUGUCAAUAUCCUUUAUUGUUUUGAUGAUUAUUUCUUCAGCAUGGCUUAUAUUCUACUUCAUUCAGAAGAUCAGGUACACAAAUGCCCGGGACAGGAACCAGCGUCGUCUUGGAGAUGCAGCCAAGAAAGCCAUCAGCAAAUUAACAACCAGAACAGUGAAAAAAGGUGAUAAGGAAACAGACCCAGACUUUGAUCAUUGUGCAGUCUGCAUAGAAAGCUAUAAACAGAAUGAUGUUGUCCGGAUUCUCCCCUGCAAGCAUGUUUUCCACAAAUCCUGCGUGGAUCCCUGGCUUAGUGAACAUUGUACCUGUCCUAUGUGCAAACUUAAUAUUUUGAAGGCCCUGGGAAUUGUGCCAAAUUUGCCAUGUACUGAUAACGUAGCAUUUGAUAUGGAAAGGCUCACCAGAACCCAAGCAGUUAACCGAAGAUCAGCCCUAGGUGACCUCGCCAGUGACAACUCCCUUGGCCUCGAGCCACUUCGAACUUCGGGGAUCUCGCCUCUUCCUCAGGAUGGGGAUCUCACUCCUAGAACAGGAGAGAUCAACAUCGCAGUAACAAAAGAAUGGUUUAUUAUUGCCAGUUUUGGCCUCCUCAGUGCUCUCACACUCUGCUACAUGAUCAUCAGAGCCACAGCUAGCUUGAAUGCUAAUGAGGUAGAAUGGUUUUGAAGAAGGAAAAGAAUGCUUUCUGACUGAUUGCCUUGAAGGAAAAAAGAACCUAUUUUUGUGCAUCAUUUACCAAUCAUGCCACACAAGCAUUUAUUUUUAGUACAUUUUAUUUUUUCAUAAAAUUGCUAAUGCCAAAGCUUUGUAUUAAAAUAAAUAAAUAAUAAAAUUAAAA